AUGGCAACUACCACAGAAUACAGACAAAGGAAACAAACAGAUGUAGUCUAUCAUCUCCUAGGAAACAUUCCUCUCAACAAUGAGGACAUUGAGCUCUUUGGGAAGGGUACUUUCAAAUCAAUCAAACCAAAGGUCAAGGAACAAGUAGAUAUGAUGGAAUUGGUUGGCCACAGAGACACUAUCACACACGAGAAGAUAAUCACAAACAAUCCCAGCCUUCACGAGAAAAAAAACCUCAUGUUCGAAGAAAGAGUGAAGGAUAUGAAAGCAGAUAUUGAGGAGUUAAAAAGAACCUCAGAAGGAUCGAAAAGAACCUCAGAAGAAUUGAAAAGAGCCUUAGAAGAAUGGAAAAGAGCCUCAGAAGAAUCGAAAAUAGUCGCAGAAGAAUCGAAAAUAGUCGCAGAUCAAAGAAUUGAAAUGCUGGAAAGAGAGAAACAGAAAAGAUAUGAGGGAGAGACGGCCAAUAUGAGAAAGCAAUUAUGGAGAAUGGUAUUUGCCAAAAAGGAACACAAGCAGAAGAUAUCUGAGCCAGAAUGGAUGAAAAUCGCCAGAAAGGGACGAAAUCACCUGGCACAUCAAACUGAUUUGGGAGCAGUGAUGAAGCUAGCCGAUGACCAUCCUGAGUUUUAUGAUAUUCUUUUAGACACGAUGUAUGGAGUGCCAAAGCACGAAAUCAAACUUCUACUUGAAGCAGAUAAGGCUGGCGAGAAUCAAGUGUAUAAUAUCUUGAAUGACCGUGGGACGGCUUUCCACAACCGUUAUGCCAAUGCUUGUGUAGAGCCUUUCAAUUCUUGGCUAUCAGCAGUGCGCAGUCUUCGAGAUAUACAAUCAGCUACAACGAAGAAAUCAUUCUUCGAUUACGAAAGUUGCGUCCAAAAACAAAGGGCUGAAGUCCGGAAAUCAAUUCGAAAGUGGGAUGCAGCCUUUAAAGUGGAUAAGUUGAAGAGAGAUAACCGAACUAAGAAAUGUCAAGAGAUAAUUUACAAGGAUUAUGAAGAUAGAAAUUUGCUUCCACUGAUAUGGAAGUUUUUUGGUGUGCAGUCGAAAUAG